AUGGAGAAGGCGAGGAGGCGGCGCGUGCCGGCAUUCGGAGAGUGGAACUACAACUACUACGGCAGCGCCGAGCUGGCCACGCCCGCGGCGGCGGCGGCGGAGCUGGAGGCCCGCAGCGACGUGUGGUUCAAGUACUCGCCGCCCCCGCGGAAGCCACCGCCGGUCAGCAGGAAGGUCCGGAGGCCAGCGGAGAGGUCUUACGGCGGCGGCGGCGGCGGCAAGCGCCCCCGUGCCGCGACGCCUGCGAGGGCGUACGACGGCGUGGUCCCGUCGUCUGUGCCGCGCACACCGGCAAAGAGCACCAGCACGGCUAAGGUGGCGCGCGUGGUGCAGCGCGUCGACGCCGACCUGUACCAGGUGCCACCGCCGGAGUUCGUCCACGACGACGACGUCAGGCCAAGGGUAUGUAUGUCCGCAGAUAUUGUAGCACUUGUCUUAACCGGUAAUGUAAUUAUGAUCUGUCAAUUGAUGUCACAUCUCGCAUGCAAGCAGCGGAAGCAGCAGCGUAAGAAGGCGUCGAGGAGCCUCUGGAUGGGUUGCUUCGGGUUCACAUGCGUUCCGGCCGGCUGA